AGCGUGGCGUAGGCGCCCGAAGUCGCUGGUGCCUGCCAGGCCUCCCGGGACGCACAGGACAGGUGCUAGUCGUGCGCAUGCUCGGCAGGCGGGGCCGCUGGAGUCUCCAGGCGUGGCAAUCUGUUGCGCUGCCGCCCUUGGGAGCCGGCAGAUCCGGGUCUCGUGGCUAAGAGUGACGUGGUCACUCGAAUCAAAACAGAGGAGGGGGAGGAAGCUGGCGGCCAGGAGCGGCAGCGGCAGCGAAGUCCGGAGCCGCCGCAGCCUUCCGGAAGCUCCAGGCGGUCUUUCUGCCGAGCCUCGGUCCCGGCCCCCAUCCUCCCCGCCCCAUCGAUUGUUGUCUGGGCGGAUUUAAACAGUCAAGUAAAAUCAAGCUGGGUAAUCAUGGCAGAAGGUGGAUUCGAUCCCUGUGAAUGUGUUUGCUCUCAUGAACACGCGAUGAGAAGACUGAUCAAUCUGUUACGGCAGUCCCAGUCCUACUGCACAGACACAGAAUGUCUUCAGGAAUUACCAGGACCCUCUGGUGAUAAUGGCAUCAGUGUUAAUAUGAUCUUAGUGGCCUGGAUGGUUAUUGCAUUGAUCUUGUUCUUACUGAGACCUCCUAAUCUAAGAGGAUCAAACCUACCUGGAAAGCCAACCAGUCCUCAUAAUGGACAAGAUCCACCAGCUCCUCCUGUGGACUAACUUUGUGAUAUGGGAAGUGAAAAUGGUGAACACCUUGCACGACCAAACGAAUGAAGAUGACCAGAGUACUCUUAACCCCAUUAGAACUAUUUUUCCUUUUGCAUCUGCAAUAUGGGAUGGUGUGUUUUCAUGAGCUUCUAGAAAUUUCACUUGCAAGCUUAUUUUUGCUUCCUGUGUUAUCACCAUUCCUAUUUACAGUAUAUUUGAGUGAAUGAUUAUAUUUUUAAAAAGUUAAUGGCUUUUUGUUUGUCUUAAACUUAAACAUUCCUCUCACUCUGUUUAUAACUGUGAUUAUAAUUUUUGUGGUAAUUUCUGGCCUGAUUGAAGGAAAUCUGAGAGCUCUGCAUUUAUAUAUUUUAAAUAGUUUUGAUAGGUUUUUAAAUUGCUUUUUUUCAUAAGGUAUUUAUAAAGUUAUUUGGGGUUGUCUGGGAUUAUAUGAAAGAAAAUUAGAACCACAGUGUAUUUACAUUUACCUUGGUAGUUUAUUUGUGGAUGGCAGUUUUCUCUAAUUUCUGGGACUGUGGUAGCUCUUGGAUUGUUUUGCAAAUUACAGCUGAAAUCUGUAUCAUCCAUUAAACUGGCUUAUGUGGCUAGAAUAGGAAAACAGAAAAAAUAUAUAAAAUGGUUGUUUACUAAUUUUAUACUCCCAUUAAAAAUCUCUAAUGUUAACAAAACUUUAAAUAAACAUGAUUGAUCAGUAUGGCACAUGAUUUACAGUCCAUUAUAUAACAUUUGUAAACCACUCAACACUAGCCUUACAAGGUUCAUGAAAGGAGGAAAACAUUAAUUCUUUCUGCCUUUGCUGUGAUAUAAUCUAUACAGUAAUAAUUGAAGCUGUAAUUUAUUUUUAAAAUGAGUGCCUCUUGGGAAGCUUCUUUUCUGUUGUAGGCUGGAUGUGGUGGCUCAUUACUGUAAUCCCAGCACUUUGGGAGGCCAAGGCAGGCAGAUCACUUGAGGUCAGGAGUUCGAGACCAUCCUGGCCAACAUGGUGAAAUCCUGUCUCUACUAAAAAUACAAAAAUUAGCCAGGGGUGGUGUGUAUGCCUGUUACCCAGCUACUUGGGAGGCCGAAGCAGGAGAAUCACUUGAACCCAGGGGGCAGAGGUUGAGGUGAGCUGAGAUCAUGCCACUGCUCCAGCCUGGGUGACCAGUCACGACUCCCUCUCAAAAAAAAUUUUUUUUAAUCUUAAAGCUAUAUUAGGGCCUGUUAGGUUACUGACAUUUGAAUGCCUCUUUGCUUAUUUACUCCAUUGAGUCUUUUGUUACCCUCUGACCUAUAAAAAAUUUUAAUAAAUUACUGGUUUACUCCAAGGGAAAAGGAGGAAAAUGAGAAACAAGCAUCUUUUCUUCACCCCUUAUCUCAUUCCUGUUUGCUAAUAGGAUGGAUUCAGUGGGAAUUAAUAUUAAUAUGAGAGAAAUUUUGAAAUAUAUAAAAAAGUAAAAGGUUGUAUUGUUUUGUUCAGUUUGAAAUAAAGUGAAUACCAAAAGCACUUACAAAUGUCUGCAUGGGCCUGGCAUGGUGGCUUAUGCCUGUAAUCCCAGCACUUUGAGGCCAAGGCAGGUGAGCCACCGGAGGUAGGAGUUUGAGAUCAGCCUGGCCAACAUGGUGAAACCCCAUCUCUACUAAAAAUACAAGAAUUAGCCAGGUGUGCUGGUGUGUGCCUGUAAUCCCAGCUACUAGGGAGGCUGAGGCAGGAAAUCGCUUGAACCCAGGAGGUGGUUGCAGUGAGCUGAAAUCUCACUGCUGCACUCCAGCCUGGGUGACAGAGUGAGACUCCGUCUCAAUAAAAAAAAUAAAAAUGUCUGUAUGACCCAUGUAGUUAUGAAAUUUUGUUCUAGCAAAUGAUUGCAGAUGAUUUAUGGGGGCUAGAAGAUACUUUGCUGUCAAGGUAAAGUUUUUUUUUCCUUAGGUCAGUCUAUUCACUGUAUAGAUCUGGUAAAUUACUUGUAUGAAUUGAAUAAAUUCUCUGUAUCAUUGUAUUGUUUAAUAGUCUCUCAUACAAUUGUGAUACUCAUAAGGUAUUUUCCCCCUUUAUUAUGAUUACAUUCUAGACCAUAAACAUUGUAAGGGCAUUUUUUCAUUAUAGAAUCUAAUAUCGAUUGCCUGAAUUCCUCCUUAUACAUCUUGGCUUUGUGCUCAAUUUCUUGAAAUGAUAUAACCAACUCUAAAUUACUUGUGUUAAUAGAUGGGUAAGUUAAAUCCUGGAUAAAUGAACCCCACAGAAUAAAGGUUUUUCCUCUUGCUGGGGCCUACUGGAAGCCUUCCUAACUUUAUAGCUGGUAAAGUAGAGUAGAAAGAGCCAGAGUGGCUUAAGAUAGAGCUAAAUCCCUAUAGGAUUCCAUUUUCUGCCUUUGCCUCUUGAACUUUGAAGGCUUGCCCAUAUAUCCUAACAAUCUGUUCUCUGAGCUGCUAGAAGGCCAAUCCCUGAUAAGAGAUACUGAUGUAUUGAUGUAGUCACUGAAUCUGUGGCUCACAAAUCAUUGAUAAUUGGCUUUGGGGGCUGGGUGCAGUGACUCAUGCCUGUAAUCCCAACACUUUUGGAAGGCUGAGGCGAGUGGAUCACUUGAGGUCAGGAGUUUGAGACCAGCCUGGCCAACAUGGUGAAAACUUAUCUCUACAAAAAAUACAAAAAUUAGCUGGGUUUGAUGGCAGCUGCCUGUAGUCUCUGCUACUUGGGAGGCCGAAGCAGUAGAAUCACUUAAGCCCGGGAGGCAGAGGUUGCAGUGAGCCAAGAUCACGCCACUGCACUCCAGCCUUAGUGACAGAAUGAGACCCUGUCUUAAAAAAUAAGAAUUGGCUUUAGUCGAAGAAGUGGCUGAAACUUGAAUACAGAAUGUCUCGUAUUAGACACCUGAAAAUCUGAAUUCUUUGUUGUUGUUUUGAGAUGAAGUUUUGCUCUUUCACCCAGGCUGGAGUGAAGUGCUACGAUAUUGGCUCACUGCAACCUCCACCUCCUGGUUCAAGUGAUUUUCCUUCCUCAGCCUCCUGAGUAGCUGGGAUUAUAGGUGCCCACCACCAUGCCUGGCCAAUUUUUGUAUUUUUAGUAGAGAUGGGGUUUUGUCAUGUAGGCCAGCCUGGUCUUGAACUCCUGACCUCAGGUGAUCCACUCACCUUGACCUCCCAAAGUGCUAGAAUUACAGACAUGAGCCACUGCGCCCAGCUGGAAAGUCUGGCUUCUUAUUCCUAGUUCUUCAUUUCUGUCACAUGCACUUAAUUGACAUUAUGUCUACAUAUAUUAGCCUUUUCCUACAUGAACCACGUAUUUACUUAGUAACCAGUGUUCUUAAUGAAGUAUUUAGUCUUGGAUUUCUUGUAAAAUUUCUCUGCAUUCCUGAGACAGUGUACUAUAUAUAAAAUAUUCUUGUUGACCUAGUAAUUUAUAUCGUUCAAGCUUCUACCUGUGGCCUUUUUAUUGAGCACACUCUUAAUCAUCAUUUGGCUUGUAAACAUUCACCUGAACUGUGACUACAAUUGUUUUUAAAUAAUCUGGGAAAAAGGAAAGAUAAAGCUUACAUUUUCACAGUUUUGGCUCUUAAACACAUUCCACAAAUGUCAUUAAAAAUUUGUUUUAGGUCAGUCAUGGUGGUUUAUGCCUAUAAUCCCAGCAGUUUGGAGGCUGAGGCAGGAGAAUUGCUUGAGCCCAAGAGUUUGAGACUAGCCUGGGCAAUAUAGCAAGACUCUGUCUCUACUAAAAAAAAAAAAAAAAAAUUUUGUUUUAGAGUCAUUUAAUGUAUUUUUAUGCACAAAAAUUGUGGGAGGUUUUGUUUUUGUUUUUUGCUUUCCAUGUGGGAAGGUUAACUUUGGAACUGUUUCUAGUAAAAGAUUUUUUUCAGAUUGGGUGUGGUGGCUCAUGCCUGUAAUCCCAGCACUUUGGGAAGCCAAGGCAGUUGGAUUACCUGAGGUUAGGAGUUCAAGACCAGCCUGGCCAACAUGGAAAAACGCCAUCUCUACUAAAAAUACAAAAGCAGCCAGCUGUGCUGGUACAUGCCUGUAAUCCCAGCUACUUGGGAGGCUGAGGCAAGAGAAUCACUUGAACCUGGGAGGCCUGGAGGUUGCAGUGAGCCAAGAUCAUGCCAUUGCAUUCCAUCCUGGGCAACAAGAGUGAAACUUUGUCUCAAAAAAGAAAAAGAAAAAAAAAGAAUUUUCUUCAUGUUAUCUAUCCAAGCACUGUCCCAUGGUCAGCAAGUCAUAUUUUACAAUGUGGAUUUUCCAAAAUAAUUAUUGAGUACAGCUAUUGUAUGGCUUCUUUUAGUGUCUCUCUGUUAUGUGGUAGUGUUUAUGGAAUUACCAAUAUCUUAAAUUUUCAAAGGAACCUUGGAAGUCUAUCACUCUAAAUGAAAGUCUGUCACUCUACAUAAAUAUGUGCUCAAAUUUGACCAAUUCAGUUUAAGACACAAAAUGGUAAUUUGAAGAACAAAAAAUGAAGAGUUUACAAUUAAUGGGUUAAAUUUUUGUUGUUGCAAUAGUAAGUUUAGUCUUCUUUUAAUAUUUCUAAAUGAAAAACGAUAGGUAUUUGUUACCAUGUGUGAAGAUUACUUUGUUAAAAGCAAAGUGUGAUGUGCUAAAUGUUAAUUACUGUUUUUAUAUGUUUAAAUCAUGCCAAACAAAUCAUGUCUGUGCCAUCCAGGGUCUAUUGUUAGUCUUUUUCUGAGUACUUGGAUUGGGGUAAAGGGCUUGUACUAUGCACUUUUUAUUAAUGAAUAAAUAGAAAACGUUAGUAACA